GAAUUGCUGUGACGAGCUUUUGUUUAUCGUCAGGUGCGGAUUUACGUUUCACACGAUUCAAAAAUUACAAGUCUAUGCGCUGGAGAAAGCUGUUGUGGCCAAAUUGACUUACCUGUUGGAGCUCUUAUUGCAAAAGGGUUAAUGACAGUCACGUGUCGUUACGUGAAGCAAGAACGUGACAUCUUCGGCAAUGAAUAGUUGAGCUUUUUCUCAAAUUAGAUGCUGACAUCGUCUGCUCUCAGUUUCAGUCCUGAAGGGGAAACAUCGAAUCUUCCGACACCUUGAAAGCGUGAGGUAUGCUUUCAGUUUAGUAUCGAACUGAGUUCCCACUUUUUUAACACAGGAGAACUCGAACUUUACUUUUUCGUUUUCAUGUUCGUGCGCGGGCAGAAUAAAUAUCUAGCUGGUCUGUUUUGCAAACAAAAGAAUUGGAGCCAUUGGAAUCGCCGAAAAAAUCAAAAAUUUUGAGUGUUGCGUGCUUUGACAGCUUUACAAGUGGACAAGUGAAUCUUCCGCUUACCUUGAGCGCUGGAUUUUCUCCAACGCAAUGGAUUUCAUUUCCUGCGACGGAAGACCGGGAUUGAAAUGAUGAUUGAAAUUAGAGUAAAGGUCAGUCUGUAUGUUUUAAAUGUAUUCGGAAUGAAAUCUUACUGACAACAAUAUCUCAUUUAUUUCUAAAACGAGUUUGUUUUUAAGCUAUGAUAUAUUUAAUAUCACUAAAAGACAAAAUAAAGAGCUGUGUUUUUAUGAAACCAAUAUCGAGUACAUUUUAUUUGCUCAUCAGAGUGGAAACUCUGGAUUCUGGUUAAGAUCGACGUUCACUAUUUAAAGUUCGCACGUCGUGCUUUCUAAUUAAAAACAUUCGCAAUAGAGACGAAAAUAGAAAAUGGUUUCCCACAUUUACAGUACGAAACUGCAACAGACCAAAAUUGUCAUAUUCUAUUUCAGGUGACAAAAAAAAAGAAAAGAAAAUAGCUUUGUUCUUCUUUAUGCGUGACUUGUCUAUUUCUGUCACAAACAGUAAGACAUCUCGAACAACUUAUUUCGUAAUAUUUGCACAAUAUAAUGAGAAAUUUAGUUUUCUGUCUGGUCUUGUAGGCUGCAAAAUACAACAUAUUUGAGGUGUUUAAUUUGCAGACAGUGUGUAAACUUUGGUCGCAGAUACAACACGUACGUAGAGUUUACUUUGAACUUUCCAAGAGGAGGUCCUCGGUUUUAUUUUUAUCUAUAGCAGUGUAAACAAACGAUUUGGCAAUUUCUUCUUUGGAAAGUGCCUUGUCUGUUUUCAGGAUUCAUACUCAUGGGUGUUGCAAGAUACUGUAAAUUAUUGUUUGCUAGUUUCCAAAGAUUUUCUUGUUACCUUGUAUGAUGGAAAUUUCAAAGUGGUGUUCAAAGGUUGCACAUGUUAGUCAUGCAAAAGCCAGUUUUUUAGAAAUUGAGUAAUUUUUUCUUACUGCUACUUAUUUAUAGCACAUCAACAGAGGGGAUGUUACUGUUCGAUUUAAUUUUUUUGAAUUGAAAAAUGCAUGUAUUAUUGACAUUUGAGUAGUCUCACAUUAUAAACAUUAUGCAAGUGAAGCACAUUCAUUUUUCAUACAUGUAUUGAUGUUUUACAUGAAGGUAAAGGAAGAAGAUUGUUAACUCUGAACCUAACCCUCUGAUACAAUGUAUAAAAAAAUUGUCAAGGACAUGAUCACUUUUUUUUGAUGUGGCUAACCUUCCAAAAAGUUCUCUGAAGCUCAGUUUAUGAAGCUUUCCACAUAAGAGGUAGAAUGGCCAGAGGUUUGCUUCAUCAUGAGGAUCUAGUUAUUCUUGUUAUAGGCUUGUGCAAACACAUGAAGCCUCUCUUUAUGCUUUUUACAAUGUAUGUCUUACAUGUAGCUCCAUGUUGAUGUCAGGAUAGAUCUGCCAGAAAUAGAAACAGAGAUGAAAAUAACUGCAGUUACUUGUAUUUUAGUCUGAUAAAAGUACAUGUGUAGUGUAGUACACAUAGCUCUCUAAAUUUUCAAUAAUAACAUGGUGUUGUUAUGAAAUGGUUUUCUUCCUUUUUUUCCCACACAGCUCUUCAACUUGUUAUAGACAAGGUGUAUUGAAAAUAAGGCUACAACAAUGUCAACCCCAAAAGUAUCCUUUACGAAUCAUCAUUUAUUGGAAGCAGAGCUUUCACCCAAAGUAAAUAUUGCAAUGUCCACAGAAGAGCUUCCUGACAAUGGCAGUGACAACUACACUGGCGAGGUAAGGAUGGAUUGAACCAGAAUACCAGGUAGAAAUAAAUCACAACUGAACUUAAACAUCUUUCACAAUUGGGUGGGCUAUUGGUGAGUUUUUGCUUUGUUAUAAGCUAAAUGAUACUGAGUGCCUUGUUUAAGGGUUAGGGUUAGGAUUUUCCUUUUCCUUUUGAUUCAUCAACAAGAUAAAUCAAGUAAUAGUGUAGUUUGAUCGUCCGGGUGAGUGUAGUCCUGAGAAGGAAUGUUGUCGGUAGAGGUGACUGACGUUUCGGCAACCUGAGCGGAAGUCAUCAUCAGAGUCAAGAUAAAUCAAGCAAAUCUAUUACCACUACUCAUAAUUCAAUAAAUCCUGAAUGGAUGCGACAUGAGUGUGUGUAAUAAUUAUCAUUAUGGCUUUUUUCUAAAUGUAAAUUUUCCAUUGUCAACUCCUAAAGUCCUUUGUUUUACACAACAGUGUGACACCAAAUAAACUUAUAGUAUUGAAUAACAAAGACACAUAAGUUGCACAUGUAUUUUGUCUAGAAAUGCAUGAAUAGUGUCUAUUUCCAUCUAAUAACCUGCAUCUGUGCAUAUAAAAUACAUCUGCACAUCUGUAUAUCUAAGCAGUACUGUAACUUGUUUAUGUCUCAGUUGUUACUGAUAGUGUAUUUCUGAAAGUUACUAUAUGCUGUCAAGCAAUUGCUGUUUUUCUUUAAUAAUUUAUGGUAUCAAAUAAUUUAUAGUCAUCAGGGGAAGAUGAGGUUGAUUGUGCUGUUGAAAAGAAUUUUGAUGCAGCAGUCUUUGAUGUUCUGAAGGUUCUACCAGAAGAGUUUGCUGUAAGUCACUUUCUUAUUUUUUGAAUGGUCCAUUUGUCCUUUUUGUUAUUUAGUGUUUGUUUAUGUUUCUUUCUUGUAAGAAUUUGAAAAAAAAGAAAGAAAAAAAAAAGAAAACUGUUCAUACAGAUCUUUAACUACAUAUGCUGUUGUACAUGUUUAUGAACUGGACACUGCUUGUGAUGCAAAUUAACUUUGCUUUGAAUUUUUUUCUCCAAACAGCAACAACUCACAAUUUUCGAUCUGGCUGUUUUCAAGGCAAUCAACCCUGAUGUAAGUGAUUCAAUUAUGUAUAUGUAAAGGGUAAAUAAUUAAGGUGACUGGAUUCUAUUGAAGCCCCUGGAUUUCAUCAGCUGUUCUUCUUGGAUUCAACCAUUUAUUGUUCUGUAAACAGUAUUUUCAGUAACAUUAUCAUUACAAUGUACAUGCUGCUAUGAUAUUUUAAUAUUAAUUGUAGUCGUAUUGUCAGCAAUGCUUGUGGGUAAUAUGAAGCAAAUCCUGUGUUCCAAUUGGCUACCCAAGCAGGCAAGAUGUGUUCAGGAUUGUCUGCUUUGUUCUUGUGCAAAUUGAAUUUUUUAGACAAUUUUGAUGAUGGAGUAGCAAAAAGCUACAGAAGACAGUCAAAACAAAGAAAAGAUAAACAACUCUCAUAUGUUUAUUGUGCUACAGACACAGAUGGCUUUCUUUUCUGGCUCUUGAAUUAAACAAGUCAUUUGUGAUUCUUAUUAGAACUAAAUUUUUUUUUUAUGUAAUGAAUCCCUUAUGGACCAAGCUUGUUUUGUCAAGCCUCAUUCUUGACCAGUAUAUAGUUGUCUUGACCUCAUGCUCAUUCAACAAUGCAUAUUUAUUAUAGGAACUAUCAGGAGUUGGCUGGACGAAGAAGCAAAAGGUUGAGCUUGCACCAAACAUUGUUGCAUUUACAAAGAGAUUUAACCAUGUAAGUCUUGUCGUGAGCCUUCUCUGUACAAAUUGCUCUUUGUGUUGUUUUUAGUAUGGUAAACUUGAUUAUUAUUAAUAUAAACAGGUUUUUUUUUUCUCUCUGUUUAUAAUCAGGGUAAAGUGAUUCGCUACAUUACACACUAAUUUUAUUCACUCUAUGACUUACAUCAAUUUAUUAGCUGUGACGUAAGGUUGCUAUGUGCUGUUUGUUACCAGUUACUGUAUGGUUCAUAAAAUAAACCCAACAAAAUUGAAAUUUUGGUCUGCUUUUAACCUUUUUUCUGUCUUUUAACCCUGUAAACCCUAAGGGUGACCAGCAUCUAAUCUCUCCUUACAGUAGCACUUCAUUAAGAUCACGAAAAUAAAUGAAAUAAUUGCCAACCUUUUGUAGGCAGCUUUCAAUUGAUUGUUAAACAAAUUCUCCUUGUCAGUACCAAAGAAAAUGCUGAAAAGAGUGUAGAGAAUAUCAGACACUGAUGUUAGGGUGUGGAGGGUUACCAAUUUUUUUUUUCACACAUAAAAUUAUGCUUGCUGUAAUAAUCACACAUUUAACUCUACACAGGUCAGCUUUUGGGUGGUGAGAGAAAUCUUGAAUGCCAACAAGAAAAAGACAAGAGCUGCUGUCCUCACCCAUUUUAUCAAGAUAGCAAAGGUACUGUGAGCCUUUUAAGACAGUUGAUAAAUUAGAGACAAAAGCUGAACAUAGAGAUUGAAAUGAUUUACGACAAAGUCUGCAACUUUAGUGAUGUAUUGUAUCUGUUUUAAUGUUCUGACAAGGUGGUAUAUAAAUGUGCACCUAUAUUCACAUUAUACAGUCUUCUCUGAAUAAUUCUUAACUCAACCUUUUGUAUUUGUGAAUCAUACAGAAACUGUUUGAGUUGAACAAUCUUCAUUCCUUGAAAGCUGUCGUUUCUGGACUUCAGAGUGCUUCCGUGUACAGACUCAACAAUACUUGGGCGGUAGGUUGGACAUUCCAUGUACAUGUAUUCAUUUUUUUCUUUUUAAUCUGUGGAACCAAGGAUUAAAUCACCUUACAACCUAGAGGCCCUUACUGCCAAAGGUUACCAGUAUCAUGAAGUAAUUUGGAGCAUAAGCAGCACCAUGCUAAUGCACUGCCCAAACUGUGGAUUAGGACUUAACUUUAUUGCAUUGUUUCCCCUCCAACUUAUCUUUGCAUCGUUUCCCCUUCAACUUAUCAUUGCAUUUCCCUGUUAGAGUAAAAUGCCUUCCCUAAGAAUGUAACACAAUGACCAACACAGCCAUCAAAUGUUGGGCAUACACACAGGAAUUAAUUUCAGCUGGCCAUGUGCCAACUACUUGAGUAAAAUUUCAAGAAACAACUGCUGUCAUGCAAAUUAAUGAAAAAAAUUGAAAUGUUCACAGGAAUCUAUUAAAGAAAGAAAAUGUUGAGUAAAGGAAAACUCAAUACUUUUUGGAAUAAAAACCUAACAUUUACAUGUAAUUAGGGCUAUCCUGUUGAUUUACCAUUUUGUUUUGAGCUUUAUUUAAAAAUGUUAUGCUCUUUUAAAGCAUCUUUACUUACUGGCUUGUAUGGACUUGUAGUUGUAACUACUGUAAGACUACUUGGUUCUGACAACCUGAGAGAAUACUUCCCAGGCAUUGGAACAUUUGCUCAUGUGUAGGUAGUCUAUCAGAACCAGAAUUCACUUCAUCUCAUCUGCUCUUUGUGCCAGCCAGAUUGCAACAAGUACAACCAUAACUAAUGAUAACGGGCUGUGUUGAAAAUUGGAUCCUUUUUUUUUUUGUAGUUAAUUCAGCGCAAAGAUAAAGCCCAGUUUGACAGAUUUGCAGAACUUCUUUCUGAAGAGGAUAACAGGUAUUAGACAGUGUAUGCACUGUUUUAGAUUUUUACUUCCAAGAUCUGAUUGUUAAUUCUCACCUCCAGCUACUACAUGUACACAUUUCUUUGAGGAUUUGUUAUGUUUUUGUGAUGUGAAGAGCCACUGAAAGAAGAAUAAAACUAAUUCUGGUGAGCUAUGGGGUUACUAGGUCUCCCACAUGUAAUGAAUACCAAUUUGUUUGGAACUUUUGGCCACACCAUGAGUCCACAAAGAUGUUCCAAAAGAACAUGCUAGCAUUUGCAUAAAUUUGAUGGGUAUUAGUAAUGCAAUUCAUCUUGUAAUGAGUACUUCUCUUGAGGCAAAAGGAGUAGCACAGUGAAAUACAUUUUUUGCACUUUGUGCAUGUAGUAACUGUACCUGAAACUGCCACAUACAUUGUACAUGUAGAUCAAAAUAAAGAGUUUUUCACUUGUGUUUUUUGUUUUUUUUUUUUUCAGGAAACAACUGAGAGACUACUUGGAUUCAGUGAAACUACCCUGUAUUCCAUAUCUUGGUAUGAUAAAUCGAUAAUGUUAUUGUUGUAUGUAAUUCUAAAGUUCCUACUACCUUAGAGCCUGCUGUGGUACAUUUCCUUUGCACAUAAGCCGUUAUACUAAGCCCAACAGUGAGGCUUGUUGAACUGAACCAUCAUCAUCGACUGUUUCCUAUCCACUGUGUACUUAACCCUUUAACUCCCAGAUCAAGUUUCUAAUUCUCCUUACUGUCAACCAUACAAUUCUUAUGAUGUUAGUUCAGAGAAUUUAGUAUUGAAUUGACUAAUUAUCCCCAAUUUGUUAUUUUUCUUUAUUCUUAUCACUUAUCUGGUUGAUAUUGUAUUGAUAUUGUAAGGAGAAAUUCUGUCUUGGUCACUCAUGGGAGCUAAAAGGUUAAGGAAUACCUGCCUAUUUUUAAAAUAGCUUUGUUUGUACAGUUCUACAUGCUUGUAGACAAUUCGAGCUUGUCAAAUACAAUAGUUUGUUCCAUCAGUUGUAAGAGUUUCUAUUUGUUUGCUUCAGGCAUGUACCUGACAGAUUUAACUUACAUUGACACUGUACAUCCCAAUACUGGAGGAAUAGAUGAGGCUAGAACUCACAAGGUACAGUAUGUAUAACUUCAUGCAACAUAGAGGCAGAUCCAGGAUUUUUCCAAGGAAGGGGUGCCCCACUAAAGGAUGAUUUUACUGAUGGUCGACAUAAACAAAUUUUAAAAGUGAACAAUGGGGAAGAAGGCUUAUGACUAGGCAAUAAUAUAAUGUGAACUACUGAGAAUAUAAAGCAAAUAUUACAGUAGAUUUUGUACAACCCUGGAGUUUAACACUUUACAUGUAUUAGAGAGGAGUAGGUCAACUUGGGGAGCAGGAAGGAACCCUCUGCAUGCCCCUUUUUCCCUCUGCAAGUACAUGUACAUGUAGAUCUUAAGCUUUAAAUAGUAAGUUUGCCAUAAAAGGUCAAAUGUGAGUUGAUUGGAAUUGAGACUUAAGUUUUGUAAGACUCAAGAACUUUGUAACCAUUUGUGGUGUGCUGGUAUAUUUACACACAGUGUUUGAGAGUAUAAGAGUGGUGUUAAGAUUUUGUACUUUACACUUUGUUUUCACAGAGUAGUUUCAGUUUAAAAGUUAAGACUGAAGCAAAUGAGAUUCCAAGACAAAGUUCAUGUUAUAAAAAUGGUUUUGUUUUUAUUUAUAGAUGAAUGAUGUAAUUAGAUUGAUCUCAGAAUUCCAAAGGUCAACUUAUGGUUAGUAACUUUUUGGAUACAUUUUGAAUAACUAAUAAAAUAGUUGUGGCAAGGCAAUUAAAAAGACAAAAAAUACCUCAAUAUGUCAGGACUUUGUUGUUCCCUUUAUGGCUCAAUUUAAAGUGCACAGGAGAGGCUAGAAAUUGUAACACAAGCUGUUGUAUUUUCCUUUUAUCUCUAGAUGACCUUGAGCCAGCAGCCCACAUUCAAACCUAUCUUAAAUCUGUCAACUAUAUCGAUGAGCUGCAGAGGUUUAUGGAGGAUGACAACUACAAGUGAGAAUUCAAACUGUAUUCAUUUACACUUGCGCUGUGAAACCUGUAACUAUUGUAAAGAGCCUCACUGAAACAUGCUCACAGACUGAACACAAUAUAUUCAAUCUUUUUUGUCGUGUUAGGUUGUCUCUUAAAAUUGAGCCUAAAGCAAGUUCAUCAAACCUGAAUGGCAAAGCCUCAUCUCGAUCAAGAGAAAGCAUAAGUGGUGAGUAUUGGAUGUUCAGUAUUGGAUGUGAGUUUUGGAUAUUCAGAGUGACAUCCCAAUUGUGCAUCAUGUGUUUCAUUCAUCUUUCUUUACAAGCAUAUUCAGUGGGCUUAUACUAUUUUGCGAAACGAAACGAAACGAAACGAAACGAAACGAAACGAAACGAAACGAAACGAAACGAAACGAAACGAAAUCAGGUGAGAUAGAACAAAACUAAAGGAAUAAUGCAGAUAUAUUUUCUAACAAGGUAAAGAAAACUUUCACAAGGAAUUUGGAGUAAUCGUUCAUUAACAAGAAGGAUUUUUAUUCAUUUCGCAAAAUAGUAAUUUUAGGAGCGUUACUAUUUUGCGAAAUGGAAUUUUUCACGCUGCGGUGACAACGUGACCUCUUCCAUGUCACAAAAAUACAUUUAAACAUUACAAAUUAGUAUAUCACCGAAGAUUUUGGCCUCCUCUUAUUUCUUAAACCGUAUUAAAAUGUAUUUCGCAAAAUAGUAAUUUUAGGAGAGUUACUAUUUUGCGAAACGGACAAUUUUUACCCAGCGGUGACCAACGUAACCUCUUUUAUGUCAUAAAAAUACAUUUAAACAUUAAAAAUUAGUAUAUCAACGAAGAUAUUGGCCUCCUCUUAUUUCUUAAACCGUAUUAAAAUGUAUUUCGCAAAAUAGUAAUUUUAGGAGAGUUACUAUUUUGCGAAAUGGACUAUUUUCACCUUGCGGUGACAACGUGACCUCUUUCACGUCACGAAAAUACAUUUAAACAUUACAAAUUAGUAUAUACCGAACAUUUUGGCCUCCUCUCAUUUCUUAAACCGUAUUAAAAUACAUUUCGCAAAAUAGUAAUUUUAGGAGAGUUGCUAUUUUGCGUGACCUCUUUCAUGUCACGAAAAUACAUUUAAACAUUACAUUAUGGUAUAUUCUCAAAGAUCUUGGUCACCUCCUCUUUAAUGUAGUAAUUUCUAAACUAAUUGAAUGUAGUAAUUCCGAAAAAUGUUUAUUUUGCGAAAUGGAUUAUUUACACUCGGCGGGCGGGAACUCGAGAAUAAGGGCGAAGGGAUUGUUGCAGAUUCCCUUGAACUUCACAAUGUUUGGAUGUUUCAACUCUUGAAUGAUUCUUGCUUCCUUUACAAACGUUUUCUUAUCCAAUAUGUCAUCACCGAGCAAUUUCUUAACGACGACAUUCUCCGCAGCGGCCGAUUUCCCACCCGCAUCAGGAACAGUCUGCCAGUUAGCGGGGCUGUCCUGGUGUCCUGGUGUACCGGUACACGGGGGAAUUCCUAUUGUUUUCAUAUCCAUACAUGGAGUUGUGACGCAGUUCGUUAAUGUUUCGUUCCUUUGUGUACCGGUACACGAGGACACAACCCAGUUAGCAGUGAACACAGCACCAUUAGCGCCCUUACCAAUGAUUUCUUUGUUUGUCAAACACUUGAAAUCAUGAACUGGAAGACGUGAACAGUCGAUGGUCAUGGGCUUAAGAACAGGAAAUUUAAAAGCCAUAAUCUUGCCUGAUUUAGCAGCACACAAAGCGAGCAGAAAGCAAACUUCUUGCAGCACGUGGAACUUGCGCAAAUGCGAAACACGAUCUCUUGCUCGUAAGGAAGAGGUGUGCGACGGGGGUGUAAUCAGAAGCGCGUAACUUUUCCAUGUAUAUUAUUUUUAUUAAAAAUUUUGAAGCAAAGUAACUGUAUUACUUGCGAUUAUAAAACUGCUGGACGACUAUUUCGGCAUGGAUAUGCUUCUGUUCUCUAUACGAGACGGAGAGUCUAAACAUGUUUAGCCGCCACUGGAAAACUGUCAUGUUGGUUUUGCACCGAAACAGUGCACACCCUUCAAAACGCACGAAAUGGAGUCUUUCAAAUCUCUCAGGAGAACAUGCCAACUUCCCCCUAGAAUAGCUCCGUCGCUAGUAAAAACAGCUUUUACCUCUUACUUUCCGCUCCCUCCCAUGUCAUUAAUUGGACACAACCUCGGUUUGGGCCUUCAGCGGGGCUCUCUUGACUUGGUUUCGGCGUCACGCAAUACGGUACUACACAGUUGUCGAUUUUGAUUAAAUGAACCUGUUAGCCCAAACCUCUUGUUGCAUGUUUAUUGAGAUGGAGUUAUUAAUUGGCUCUUACUUAAUCAUUUGAAGCUGAGGAAAGGAAAACACCGCCUUGUUGCUUGGCAGUGAAGAAGUACAGACCACAGCUAAUUAAAACACUAACGUACAAGGAAAGGCGAGACCUGUAAACCCAAUCUGUCACGAGUCAGUUUUCUCAGGCGGCAUUUAAAUCAUUUAUGGUCCAUUUUGCAAAACAGUAAUUCUUCCAAAAUUACUGCCUCGCGAAAUAAACUUAGGAGACGUUUAUAUAGGUGAAGAUAGCUUAGACCUUUUGAGAUUUGAUAGUGCUUUAAAUUGAAACUUACCGAAAACCUAUUGAAUGACACGAGAAUAACAACAUCGUUACCGCUGAGUGAAAAUAGCCUAGCUAUUCCGCAAAACAGUAAUUUUUCUGACAUUACUACUUUGAGAAAUUAAUUAUAUCUGGAUAGAGAAAGAGGAGGUGACCGAACCCUUCGAGAAUAUACUAUAAUGAAAUGUUUAAGCGUAUUUUUGUGACCCGAAAAGAAAGUUAUUGAGGGGUAAAAAUAGUCCAUUUCGCAAAAUAGUAACUCUCCUAAAAUUACUAUUUUGCGAAAUAAAUUUUGAAACGGUUUAAGAAGUAAGAGGAGGCCAAGAUGUUCGGUGAUAUACUAAUUUGUAAUGUUUAAAUGUAUUUUUGUGACAUGAAAGAGGUCACGUUGUCACCGCAGAGGUGAAAAUAGUCCAUUUCGCAAAAUAGUAACUCUCCUAAAAUUACUAUUUUGCGAAAUAUAUUUUAAUACGGUUUAAGAAAUGAGAGGAGGCCAAAAUGUUCGGUGAUAUACUAAUUUGUAAUGUUUAAAUGUAUUUUCGUGACAUGAAAGAGGUCACGUUGUCACCGCAGAGGUGAAAAUAGUCCAUUUCGCAAAAUAGUAACUCUCCUAAAAUUACUAUUUUGCGGAACAUAUUUUAAUACGGUUUAAGAAAUAAGAGGAGGCCAAGAUGUUCGGUGAUAUACUAAUUUGUAAUGUUUAAAUGUAUUUUUGUGACAUGAAAGAGGUCACGUUGUUACCGCAGGGGUGAAAAUAGUCCAUUUCGCAAAAUAGUAAAGCUCCUAAAAUUACUAUUUUGCGAAACGCAUUUUAAUACGGUUUAAGAAAUAAGAGGAGGCCAAGAUGUUCGGUGAUAUACUUAUUUGUAAUGUUUAGAUGGAUUCUCGUGACAUGAAAGAGGUCACGUUGUCACCGCAGGGGUGAAAAUGGUCCAUUUCGCAAAAUAGUAACUCUCCUAAAAUUACUAUUUUGCGAAAUAUAUUUUAAUACGGUUUAAGAAAUAAGAGGAGGCCAAAAUCUUCGUUGAUAUACUAAUUUGUAAUGUUUAAAUGUAUUUUUGGCGACAUGAAAGAGGUCACGUUGUCACCGCAGGGUGAAAAUAGUCCAUUUCGCAAAAUAGUAACUCUCCUAAAAUUACUAUUUUGCGAAAUGAAUAAAAAUCCUUCUUGUUAAUGAACGAUUACUCCAAAAUCCUUGUGAAAGUUAUCUUUACCUUAUUGGAAAAUAUAUCUGCAUUAUUCCUUUUGUUUUAUUUCAUCUGACCCGAUUUCGUUUCGUUUCGUUUCGUUUCGUUUCGUUUCGUUUCGUUUCGCAAAAUAGUAUAAGCCUAUUCAGUGUAGAUUUGAGUUUACGUGGGCGAUGGUUUUCCACGAUGUACUAAUGAUUUCCCUUCUAAUUAAGAUUAGGCUGGGUGAAGAAAAUCUAAGCUAUUGGAAGCCAGAUUGGCUAACCAAAAUGGAAGCAGCUCGUUCAGAGUCAGGACACAUUUUUUGGGUUCUAAAGAGACUUUAGUAUUUUGUUUCUUGAAAGAGGCCGUUGUUUUACCCUCUUCCUUUAUUUGGAAUCCGUAAACAUAGCAGAAGCGUUUCCCUCGAACAAUGGAUCUCCAGUUCAAGUUAAUUUCAUGUAUGUCACCAUGAACUGUCCUAUAUGUUUUUUUUUUUAGAUAUUCCAAGAAACUCUCCGGCCCAUCCAAAGACAAAAUUUGUUCGAGGACAUAGAAAAGCGCAAAGCCUAGGGACUAAGUAAGGCAAACUUAACAGUGUAACCCUUAACACCCUUGCAUCAGUAUGCAUAUACUCCCUACUGACCUCUAUAUAUUUCCUGUGGUGAUAACAAGGAGAAUUUCUCUUAUAAUCAAGAUCUCCUUCAGGUUGUGAUCAUUAGUUUGAUUCUCAUGACUGAAUGUUUGAUCGGGCAGUGAUACUGUAAAGAAAAAUUAGAUGCUUGGCACUCGUAAGGAUGAAAAUACUUACAUUUAACACUUGUGUUGAUUGCGCAGUUUCGGUUGAGCAGCUGAAUAUCUGGCUUGUAUUUAUUUCAGUGUGUUCAGUAUUGUUGGAGGAGGUGGUUUGUCGUCAUCAGAGUCUCUUAGGUGAGUUGUUCUGCUAAGAUUGCAUUGAAUGAAAGAGCGCAUAGCAACUUCGGUUUUAAAAAAAGGGAGACCAGUUUCUCAAAGUACAGUUACCACAAGGGCUAAUCAGAACGAAGGAAAGCGUCACAAAGGGGCAGCAAGAGCUUAAUACAUAAAGAAGCAAGCUGCCAAGCAUGUAGCGCAAGGAAAAUUGUGCCAUUUGAGCUAUUUUCGAUUGUUUAUGAAUGUAUUCCGGGAUUUCUUUUUCUCGCUUUACUUCGUUAUGUGAUUGGUCUAGAACUGACUCGCGUGACUAUGUCAACCAAUCGGAUUCAAAACUUAAACCAGCGCGCGACUUGGUCACUCGCGUUUUCCCGCGCUUUAGUCAAUUUUCUUGCUUUCUCUUCGAGUUCUCAUUGGCUCCUCGUGAUAUUUCUCUUCCAAUGAUUUGCUGUUGUGAUUGCUUUGGUUUUGGUUUAACGACACUCGGACGAAUAGCGCUCUUUGUCGAAACUGGUCGUAGCUUUGCAUUUUAGGGGUUGACAGGUUGGUGCUUGUUUUCUAGUUCACGAUCUUACAUGUCAUUAUUGGAUUUUUAGCUGUAGCAUAGCAAGCAGCACUGGAUCAAAGAAUCUUCUGGAUGAUAGUGAGCCCUUUGACGAUAGGUCCUCCAUGGGUAAGUACUUUACUUCUCUUAUGAAAAUCCUCGUAGAGGAACUUCUUACGGAGGAGGUCAGAAUAGUCUUAAAAGCCUUGUUGGUAGUGGUCUCUGUCAGAGGAGAAAAAUUAAACAGCUGACGAACGAACAUCAGAUGGGUCCUGGGAUGGAGUGUUCUACAAAAUGAGUGUGGGGAACAAAUUAACCAUUUACAUCCCAACAUCAGUAUGCCUAUUCUUUAUGCUGUUCUCUCGACAUUUCCUAUGGCACUGAGAAGUUUUUUUUUCUAUUUUCAAAUUUUUUUUGCUUCAUUUUCAUGAAUGAUCAAAAUAUUGAUAGCUUUGGAAUUUAAACAAUAAAAUAGUUGGAAACGAACAGAAUGAACUUUUUUUGGCGCAUUCGUUUUUUUUUUUUUAAAUUGUUUAAUGCUGCGGAAUGCCGAUCAAUCUUUGACUGACUUACAACUAUUCAUUUGUAUCACAUACUCGUUCUUGUAGGAAACUUGACGUCUUCAGACACAACUUUAGACAGCCGGAGGUGAGUUUAGCUUUUGGUUUACAUUAUUUUUAAGGUAAUUAAGCGAAAUACUGCAAAGCACUCGCGAUGUUCUGGUCGCUUGAAUAGUAAUCAAGAUCCAUUCGACAAAAGGUUUCCAACACGCCGUCCCCACCCCGACCUCUGAUCGUUUUUUAUUCACAUAGUGCAUUUAACUUUAUUUUACAGUAUAACUAGUUACAAUGGCAGUGAAGACUACAACCUGUGUCCACCAAAUCAAGAGUUUCUAAUUGAAGGUUUCGUCAAAAGAAAGAAAUGUCUGAAGAAAGGCAAGAAGAUGACGGUGAGUGCAGUUAAAGGCUGACUUACGGGUAGUGGUAUGACUUGCCCGAUAGAAAACCUCAACGGAAACGGCGACAACGUGGCGAAACAAAAGAUUUAAUGAGCAGGGCCUAGUUUUAAAGGGCGGAUGACGCUAUCCUACGCCGGAUAAAUUGGUGUUUAGCGGAUAAAUGUUGACAAAAUAUAUUACGCUAUCCUCCGGAUAGAGAUUUAUCAGAGGAUAGCCUUUCUAUUUGGAACUGAACGCUUCUCUCAGAUAGUAUGCUGAAGUUGCGGUCUGGCGCCGUUACGGACAGUAAAUACAUCCAGCCAUUAGCGAAAUUGUCAAGAAAAGACAAAGUCCCUUUUUAAAUUGAGGUUUUCCUCUGUUUUUAUAUUGACUGUUUACAAACUACUGUACUUCAAUGAAUCGCAUUCUAAAGCGCAAGAACUGACGGGUACCGUUUUCGCUAAAACUAACAAUUUCUUGUGAUAUCAGUGAUUUAAACUUGUGGGUUUUAUUCUUUGAUUAUAGGUGUCGUCAUGGCAAAAGUUCUGGGCAGGACUUGUCGAAAGCUGGCUUCACCUCUUUCUUCCCCGACAUAGAACCUUCAGGCGGGACAGAGCUGCUGUAUGUACUGUACAUGUCAUGAAAAUAGGCAUUAGCAUUAUUUAAGAAAAAUAUAUAUCACGAGGCCGCCAAAUCUAGAACUACACUGUACUGCAUAGACAAUUAAUAGGCCAUCGAAGAGUAUUUUAUACGUUAGCAACGGGGUUUUGGUUUAUGUAGUCUGAUCAUCCGGGUGUGGGUAGUCCUGAGAAGGACUGACAUUUCGACGGCCAUCUUCACUACCGAGAUCAAACCAUUUACUGAAAAAGAUUUUUAGACAACUGUAUUUUCAUUUCCGUCUGCACUUUCAGUUGCCCUCAAUGAUGUUCGUGGUUGGUCGGAUCUAAUUUUUUUUUUCUUCUUGAGCAGUUUAAAGAAAACCCUGACAAAAAGGUGAACAUUUCUGAUUUCUCUGUUGUUUUGCUUGAUGAUCCGCGCCACCCGGAUACUUUCCAACUUACAGAUGACAUAAAAGGUACAGUAUUUGCUUUCACUGUCUCUUUUUUAGUCUUAAGUGGAUUCAAAAUAAUUAAUGAUAUUUAUAAUUAAUGUCAAGCCUGUUUCCACUUUUUUUUCGGUUUCGAAGAUGUGGGUUAGAUAAGAUGACUAUCGUUAGUAUGUGGUACAUGAAAUUUUAAAGUUAGAGAAGGAAAUGUGGCGAUGGCUGUGGCUCCGCUGUCACAUCAUUUCUUUUCAUUGAGUCAGUGCAGUGGAAAUUUUCUUCUGGCUGAUGAAAACUCUACCAUAAUUCGCGUUGUGUGUGUGUUAAUGUGUGACAGAAACGUAUGCUUCACACGAAAACACUCGUUAAACAAGAACUAUCGUCUCAAUUCCUCAAAUACCAAACCGAACAAAAAGAAGCAUAAGCUCACGAUCGAUGUACGUAUAUUUAUGUUCUCAGGAAACUCUUACAAGUUCAAGGUGGGAUCCAAAGCAAAUGCCUUGUCGUGGUACCGUUACUUACAAGGGGCUGCCAAGACUAGACUAGAAUAUAGGGUCAGUCAUUGUGAACUCUUAAUGAUUUAUUUGAUAUUCCUUUGUCCUAUGAUAGUUAGAGAAAAAACUGAAACAAGGGGCGUAUGUUUUUUUUUGUUUUUUUCGUUUUUUGUGUUGCUGGUUGUAAAUCAAUCUGCUUUUGUAAAUUUUAGGUUCCACAGAAUCUGAUCACCUUCGAGGAAAGUGAAGAGAUUCAAAGCUAACGAAGCUUAUUAAUCAACACUUCGACGCAGUACGAAAGAUCAACGGAUUGUCUCCGAGUUUUUCUUAUUGAACAACAGCAAUCAGUAGAAACAUGAUCCAAGACGGUUAUUAAUGACCAGCCGUGAGCAUUGUACUGCAUAAGCCAAUCAGAACGGCAAACAGCAAGUCACGUGGUAACUCCUGAUACCCCAAAUAUGAUGAACUUUGUGUGACGUAUCCUAGUGAAGGGAUGUUUCCUUACCAGGGACGAAGAUGACUUCUAUGACUGCAGACUCAGUUGGGAUUAUCGCGGUGCUUUUAAUUUUUGAAACUAGAAUAUUUGCGUUUCAAGGCAAAAUAUUUUCAUUAUUGUGUUUUAUACGAGCUAGCUCGCGCAAAGAAUUGGGCGGUCAGACCCAUAGAAAGCGCUAAGAUUUUUGUUUUUAUAAUCUACCGUAACUAAAGUAUAGAUUAUUUUAUUUAAUAUAUAAUAAUGUGAAAAUAUCGCUUAAGGACUCACAUUUUAACAUAUUAAGACUGAAGCUAGGUAAUGAUUUUCGUGUUGCCAAAAGCAUUCUGUGUUCUAGUCUGUGUUGAACUGUUUGGCGGAUUUUGUGCGUUAUCGCCUCGAAGGAAGAUUUAUCGGCCUCUUGCUCCUAUAUCGUUUCUUAAGAACCCAAAAAAUACCAAUCUGGACACCUCGCAAUUUCAUGUGUACUAAGUUAAAUAUAACGAGAUACGGCGUCGUUGUUGUGUGAAGCAAGGUAAUUAAGUCGUUAGAGAUUUUUUUUAUAAAUGUUUCUUAACAUUCCUAAGAAGUAUUCGAAUCGCUACGGUGGAAGUUAUGAACUGUUGACAUAAGCUUGCUUCAAGUCCAUGACUUCGAAUGAAGUUUUAUUCUAAAUUUUGUAUUCUAUUGAUGGUUAUUGUUCUUAAGUUUUAUCAAGCAAGCAACAGUUUAAUACUUGUGCUUUUUUUUCUCGGACUGGGGACUUUGCAGGCUGCAUUUAUUGUGUAAUGUUAGGUUACAUUUUCUACUCGAGCUAUAACGCUAUAUUGCAGCGCUAUUAUUAGCGCUACAAGACGCUCGCUUCUCCGCACGCGGGAAGAUUUGAGAGGAGCCGGAGAGAAGUUUGCAGGGGGUCUGGCAUCAUCAGUGGUAGGAUCUUUUCAGAUCUUUGGCCGGCUCAUGCUGUCCAAGGCUUCAUGCCUUCCCGCAGGCGAAGAAGCGCUGGUGCCGUAUCGUUAAUAAUAACAAUUUUCAUGAUAGCUGUCAUGAUGGUUUCCGUAGCAUGAUGGGGUCCUCUCAGUCAUGUUCCCUUUUGUUAUUAUU